GUCAUUCGGGCACUGUCGCUCUCGCUUGCUGGACUGUUGAACAAGUUGUUUGUCUCUCACUAAAUCACUUUGUGUAAACGCCGGGAUGGCCGCGCUAAUCAGGAGGAUUGUAAACACUGCAAAAGCCCCUGCUGCCAUCGGUCCAUACAGCCAGGCAGUGGUGGUGGACAGGACCAUGUACAUCUCAGGACAGCUGGGAAUGGACCCGAGCAAUGGUCAGUUAGUGGAUGGAGGUGUCCAGGCUCAAACCAGACAGGCUCUCGUGAACAUGGGAGAGAUACUGAAGGCAGCAGACUGCAGCUAUGAGAACGUUGUGAAAACAACGGUGCUCCUGGCCGACAUGAAUGACUUCAACAACGUCAAUGACAUUUACAAGCAGUUUUUCAGCAGUAACUUCCCUGCAAGAGCGGCCUAUCAGGUGGCUGCUCUUCCCAGAGGCGGACUGGUUGAAAUCGAAGCGGUUGCUGUGUUGGGUCUCCUGACUGAUUCUCCAUAACAACCAGAGAACAUCGUCUUGCAGACCAAUGAGAACGUCAUCGAAGAAUAGGCAAGCCCACGCUGUUGAUGCACCUUUACUGGGUCACCCUGAAGGCUACAGGCACUUUCUCCUCAUUAAUAUUCAUGAAACAUUUUAGGGGACAACACUGCAUUUCAAAUUCACUCUACUCAGAUUUCACUGACUGGAUAUGAGGAGUACCUAAGCCGGUUUUCUGGAUUGAAUUACUGUCACCAGAGCAACUGUCUCAUCGAGGCAGAUUAUGUUGAUGCAAUCGCUGAAUAAUAAAUGCUCUUUAAUUUGCCUAAACAGUGGUUUUUGUGAUUGAUAAUGCUGCUAAUAAUCUGUGCUUCAGCAUUGAAGUUUUUUUUUAAUGUUGUGUUUAAAUGUAUGGAGUUUAUUUUGGUAUUGAAAUGUCACUCAUGACAAUUUAACUCAACAUCAUAAAGUGAUAAAAGAAGCAGUUAAACAUGGCUAUGCAUUACCUUGUGAUGGGAAAUCCUUAGUUCAGUAAAUACAAAUAUAUUGUAGUUUGAAAACACUAACAUUGUUGUGUGAUGACAGUUAAGGGCUCUAUUGUGCGACGUGUUUUCUUCAGUGAUAAAAUUUCACUUUUUAGACAAAAGCAGCUUCACAUUGAAAUAUAACUGCCAAUGCUUUCAAGUUAGAUCUAGCUAAAGUUUUUUUGUUUUUUUUUAUGGCUGCCUCACUCAGAAGUUCGCCUCCCUCACAGCCACAGACACAGCUUUCAGUGCAAUAGUCAGCCAUAGCUAAAAAGUCUCUCCUUGCGCUCCCUCGGUGACAUCAUUUAUCCAGUGUGUUGUCUCAUCACUUCCAUAAUGUAGGUGGCACGAUCAAGCUUUUAUGACGCACGCCAUUUCUAUUUGCACAAUCUGCUCUGUAGGGCUUUAGGAACCAGCGAAACAGAGCGUUUUGUAGCCGUCAUAUUUGUCAUUUUUUAAAUAAAUUACUGGGGAAUGGAUGGACAUGGUUCUUUCACUUCUCAGUAUACAUUAUCAUUUUGUUAACUAGAUAAGUCUGAAAAGACGUAAACACAUAUUAAGGCUCCUUAAAUUAUCACACAUAAAAACAUUUUAAAAAUAAAAUGCACUUGACAGUCCAAUGUUGGUUUCAGUGUUUGUCUUUUCAAAACUGUAAAUUAGACCAUUCAUAAAAAGGAAAAAUAUAUAUUCUAUUUGAGUAACCAGCUCAUCGAAUAAGCAUGUUUUACCGUCUAAGAAUCCUCACAAAGUCACUUUGUUUAAAGUGAAGUAAAUUCAUUGAAGAAUAACAGCUUUUGGAAUGGCUUUUUUAUACGUGGGGUGCAAGUGUACAAGAUUUUGUGAGUGAUGUGCGCUGAUAAUUAUACACACAUAACCUGUGCUGUGGCUUGUAAAACUACAUGUAGUUUAGCUUGGUAGCUGUUUGAGCAUCCUACAUUUCUGCUACCGCUGUCAUUUGAUUAAUAUUGUAUAUCUCAUUCCAUCACACUAAAGAGUGGCUGAUAAUUCUUUCCUCAUGCAAACAUUUGUUUACUACAACAGCCCAACAAGACAGAUACUGUGAACAACAUGCUUUAAAAAAACCUCAGUGGCACUGGAAAGACAUGAUAAAAGCAUUACAUAUCGAAGCAAUAGUGGCCACUCUUGUGUGGAUGAAAUCGCCCUUUUAAGGUACAGUUAGAACAGAUACACAAUGCGUCCAGUCAUUAAUUGAGAUUAAAAUGUUUCAUCCAUUGACAGGUCUCAUUUUUACCCCUACAGAAAUGUAGAUCGUAAAACCACAGCUAACAAAAUAGCUUUAGCGUGUACUGAUUGGUGACUUCAAUACUGUGAUGAUGUCCUCAUUUCAUGACAGUCUGUUGCUUGUGUGCACAAAAUACGAAUGUAGAUUCUCUCUGCAAAGAACACAUCAGAUGGAUCAUUUUCUAGUUGUAAUUUUCUCGAGGCCAGUCCACAUUGUGUUGCAAAUGUUGGGAGAAUGUACACACAGCUGAAGAUAUCGAUGGAAAGUUCAAGAACAAUUGUUGCAUUUCCCUGUGCAAUUUAACAACCAUGAAAUGUGUCUCAAAUGAAUAGUUUUAACAUCAGUCUUUGAAGACCUCAUAUUUAGCUUCAGUUAUUUGUUGAUGUUUAAACACAUGAGAGAAAACCCAGGAAGACACCAGCCAUGUUAGUGAGUACAUCUUUAUUCUGUACACUGGAUUAGAAAAAAAUGCUAUCAAAGAGUGAAGAAAAACAAUUGUAUCUAGGUUUUCCUAUUGUCUCUACUAACAGAUGAAACGCUACUGGUUAAUCAUUUCUGCUCCUUCCUAUGGUAACAUGAGUUAAAGCCACUUCUGUGACACCAAGUGACAAACAUUACAGUUUGAUCUCUUAAGAAGUUCAUAAACCAGACUUGACUUUCAAUUUAUAUGACUAGUCAUCCUUACAGAGAAAUUAUGUGUGCUUUACUGGGAGCAGGAUUAAAUCAUGGGGGAACAAAGAAAUAAUAAUUUGCUGUCGGGCACAUAGGAACCCAUACAUAUUUUUAACUAAUGGAACACUUGACUUUCUUUUCACUCAUGCAGCCGCUGUAUUAAUACCAUACCACGCCCCUUAAACUAUAUGUAGCAUUAGCAUUGAAAAACAGAGUAUAAAUCACAUGACACCAUAAACAUUACUGUCAUCACUUGGUUCAAAAUGUUCUGUGUAAAUAGCCCCAGAGGAAAGUAACACUUCCCAUUAUAACAUACCAAAAACAGACAUGAAGAAGGGGCUCCAGGCAUGAGGAUGUCAGAGGAAUUAAGAAAACAGUCAUUUCAUGUAGAGAUAGCAUCCAUGUGAAAGUUAGGACAGUGUGUUUUUAAUGUUUUACACCCUUCUACAUGUUUCUGGUGUUGGUCGUUGUUUAUAUGUCCCGCAGUUGGCUUCACAGUAGUCGGUGUGGCAUCUCUGUUGGAGAAAAAAAAAGAUUUAUUAGUUCAAAAAACAGUCUUCACGUUCAUUUCCAUAAAACAGGAGUUUGGUCCUUUUGAAGCUGUACUUACCUAGUUCACUCUUCCUUUUUAACUUUGUCCAACACGGCUUGUGUUGACGACACUGCUGACAGACAGAAAACCCACAGGUCAUUUAGCAAUAAGAUCCAACUUGCAGUUUAUCAACAGAACUGAGCGACACUUCCCCCAGGACACGUCUGGUUCUGCCAGUAACGAUUCAGCCACGCCACACAUAUACACGUGUGCUGCAGUGGUUGGUAAUUGUCCUGGUAGUUUCACAGAGCAGCCCUGGGCGACUAAGUCUCAUAAAAGUUAUGCAACGUGUCUUCCUGAGCGUGUAUAGAAUUCAUGGUGUGUGAGGAGGCCAGCUGAAGUACGCCAUGUUCUCAUCAGAGUCGACUGGCAUCGGAACAUCUCGCAUUUCAACACGUAUUGUGAUUCUAUUCCUAGUGCAGAUUAAUGAGAUGACAUUGUCAUUAAUGACAAUCUUUAGUAUAAAUUUAGUUCUUGUGUAAUUCGCAUUUGAAAAUGAAAAUUAAAACUUGGCUCGCCAUCUGUUGACCCAGAAAUAUUAAACAAUAUUCAUUCUGAGAAAUUUCCGGCUACACAUUUGACUGAGGAAUACAUGUUAACCAUGAAUAAACUAAAUACUUUUCUGAAAUUAAUCAGUCAUUUCAGUGUUUUUUUAGCUAAUUUUCAGUGCCCAUUCCAGGGAAAAGAAUAUCAGUAUUUUAUGAUGAUUUGUAAUUGUUAAUAUGCUGCUAAUACACAUCAGAACAAGCAGUUUAUUUAUGGUAGUGCAAUGUUCCGUAAUCUGAAUUGAAAAAAAAAAAAAAUCACAAUAUAUAUGUCAGUCUGAGAACAAGCGCUAAUAAAGAGGAGAACCCAGGAAAUAUAGCUUGAGGAAGGUCAUCCCAUGAAGAGCUUCAUUCUUGACUCUAACCUGAGCACUUCUUCACUUGUGUUGUACUGUGACCAUAAAAGCAUGAGCAUAAUUACACUGCAGCUAACAAUAGCAGACAGAGAAGGAGAGUUGCGUGACUGGGUUUGCCGCUGCUCUGCUCAACACACUCAAGCCAAGCUUUCAUUUUACACUGUGUGUGCGCUUUGUGUUGCUCACACUGCCUCAUCUGUUCUGCACCGGAGCGCCACAAUAAUGUGUUGAUCCCGUCGGCUCAACUUGUGCAGAGAAUUGUUUGUUCCAGACAUUGUGUCUUCGCCUCUUUGUGGUCGAUGUUGCCUCCUUAUUUGAAGUAUUCAUGGCGUUUGCACAGAGUGACCACAGAAGAUGACCCCUAUGUUGACCCGCCUUUCUAUUGACGGACCAUCAGAGUCUUGUUUGUUGUCGCUGGUUUCCACUGAUGAAUCAGUUGUGUUGCACUCACUUGUCAAAUGAAGAAUCUCCUGCUUCAUCGCAGAGAUUAGACAAAGACUUGACGACAUAAAUACUGAGUACGCAUGACAGGUUUAUCAGGAAACAAGUCGUCAAACUAAACGUGUGAAUGUCAGCCUGCAGCCAUUAGCAGCUUCUGUCCAAAAAAUGUGACCAAACUACUUUUCCAUGCGUGUGAGCCCCAGAAGUGUCACAAAAGCCUGAACUUUAGAAGUCUGCCGUAAAACUACCUCUGACUCCCGGUUCACUCAGUCUGUUGUCAAAGAGUUUCUGUAAAACACACAGAUAGGGAAAGAAAGCCUGAGCCUGAGUAGGCUAAAUAUAUAAACACGCAUGAGCUUCACUAGAACUUCAUUUGAGAUGCCUGGGUUUUUGUUUCACACCUGGUAAAAUCCCUUAUGUCUCAGUGUCAAGAUUCUUUCUCUCACUUCUCUAUUGAAUAAUCCACCACCUGAUGCCCAAGAAAACAAUUCAUUAUCUACACAGCAGGACUCACUUUUCUCCUUAGAUAUAAACAACUGUGGAGAACCUUUCUAUUAGACUUGGUAGAACCCCACCACAAUGCCAUGUUCUUCUCACCAACCAUCCCAUCACCAAGACCAUCUCUUCAACCCUCCUUCAUCUGUUCAUUCUGUACUCUAUUCUGUACCUUCAGAUAAGAGCUCAGGAGUUGAGUCCAGCCCUGAAGCCGACGCUGAGGAGUCUUCAGAGUCAUUUAGUUCACUUGCAGGAGUGUCAGGAUCUGGUACUGCUGCUUCUGUCAUGACUGGCACCAUCACUGUGGAGGCUGCUAGCUCCUCCUCCUGAUUGGACUCGGUUGCAGGUUCUGAGGCUUCUUUGGAUAAGGCUGCGUCCACAGGUGCCGAAGGAGCUUCUUCUCCUUUAGUAGAAGACUGAGACUUGUCUUGUGGCUGGUCGGGGGCUGGAGAUACUGGAGGCAUCUCUGGAAUCGUCGCCACGGCAAUCAGUGCAUCUAUCACUUGCUCCUUAGCUUCUUCAGGUGCAGAGGAUACAGCUGAAACUUGAUCAUCUUGUGCUUCUGAAGAUUCUGCAGGUGCACUUGUGGGUGCAAGGCCAUCCGUUUCUGCGCUCUCAACAACCUCCUCAACUCCUCCCACAAUCGGAGAGGCCUCCGCUGACACGGCAGACACAGGUUCAUUAACAUCAGCAGACCCUUUUAUCAGUGGGACAACAGUAUCCACCGCAGGGUCCUCAGCUGGUGUCUCCUGGGCUUCAACCUCUGGAGGUUCCUCUGCCUGAAACGGUUCCACAGGGGAAACCUCCACAUCGGGAGAUACAGUCUUCGUUUCUGCCUCUGCAUGGCCGGCUGAAGUUGCAGAAGGAGUGAGUUCUUCAGAUACUUGUUGUUCAGAACUAGUCAGGAGUUGUUGCUCCUGAGCCUCUGAAGCUACAGCACCAGCCUCCUCUUCAGCCUCGACUGCUGGGGAGGCAUCUGGUGAAGGGCCCUGCGCAGGCAGCUGGACCUGCUCCUUGAUGGUCUCUGCAUCCUCUGCUAUGAUGCCAUUUUGGGCCACUUCGGAGACAGAAACAACAAAGAAGGAUGAAUUAUUGACCUCCUGCAAACACCUGUUAAUCUGUUACCAUUCACAUGGCAACAUAGAGCGAGCUAAAGCCAUAGCGGGCGGCAACAGUUAAUAUAUCACCAGUCUUGUCAGGACGCUCAAUCAUCCAUAGGUUUAUCGUAACUUGCAUGUUGCUAACAAAGGGAUGCUGGAAGAACACUACUAGUCCGAACUUAUUUCCUAUGAAACCCGGGGGUUAGCCAUUUCUUUAAGUACACACACACGGCCUGCAAAAUAUAUUUCCUCAGCAAGAAAUUCCAAUUGAUAUUUGUAUUGUGAGUCCAGUGUCUUUUUUUUUUACCAGCCUGUAAGACAUUUGGGGUUGUAAAUUUCACCCCAGAAUGGUGGAAGUAAACACUGUGCUGGAGUAGCUAAGCUAACUAGUAUCCACUUUAAAUGUUCUCCCACUUUAAAAUGGAAAUGAUUUCACUUCAUUUUUUCCCCUAUCAAUUAUGAUAAGGUUUGAGUGAUGUCAUCUGCUCUUUGGGAUGUCAGUUAAAGAAACUGUGGCUUUGUGCAGAAUUUGUUAAUACGACGGGUUGUAAAAACAUCUAUAUCCGUAACCAAGAUCAUAGCAGCAUUUGUUUAUUAUAAUAUAUUAUUUAUUAUUUAUAAUUUUAUUAUACCAAGAAUUUGCUUGAGAAAUAAGAAUGGUAUAUGCUAGGUGCUGUUUGCUAGGUGCUAAUUCCAUGAGGGACUUUCCAGCCAACUUAGCCAUGUUCUUGGUGAAGAUGACUGAAGGGAGAUAUACAGUAGUACAUGUAGGAUUUAUAUUUACAAAGGCAUCGAUUCACAACCCUUCAGCACUUUUGGUCCAUUCAACGUCACAAUGUGUGACUUGUUUGAGAGAGCUCAUGAAGUGGACCAAAACAAAUGGCUUACCUUAACUAGGACUCCGAACCAAACUUAUUUUGAAGUUUUAAUCCUCAAAUUGAGGCCCAACCUCAUGGGGACUGGCAAAAUGUCCCUACAAAUAGCAAAAGGUCCCCCAAAAAAGCAUGUUCCCAAUAAUUGGUCCCCACAUGUAUAGCUAAACAAUGUAGACACACACAUCCUUUAAUUUCCUCAGUUGAAAGUGGUUUUAUCCAAGAAUCUGCGGCCUGGAGGCUUGUGGGGCCACGGGACCCUGGAGAGGAAAUAAAAUACACAUGACAUUGUCUUUUCCCAGGGACCUUUCCCUUACUGACCUUCUCUAAAACUGACUGUGUGUAAACAAGAGGGAAGAAACUGUUACAGGUAAACAACAGAAGUGGCUCAAAUGACAGAAGUGACACAACUGCUGCUCCAUCGAAUACGUGUCUUUCUGUUUGCAUCACUCUCUGCUUUUCUCUUGUCGUCUCUUGAUCGUAGCCAGACAUUGUCGAUGCGCGUCCUGACGCACCUGCUCAGUGAAAACAUGCUUUAAUUUCACUGGUCUGUCAGUUGUGAUAGAAAGUGAGAGGACUGACUGAUGUGAUGGAAUGUGACAGCCUGACAGGAGCAUGAGAAAAGUUCUAGAUGCAGCACAGAGGUGUUUAUGGGAGGAUGGAGCUGAGAAGGGCAAGUUGUUUCUUGCACAGACAUUAUUGAAGUUGUGCGUGCUCCUGUGUGUAGAGGGCCACUAUAGUGGUGGGGACCAGUGUGUCAGCGUGAUUUAGCAGCCAAAGAUGACACAGAUGGCAGUCAUAACAGUGGCACAACUGGACAGACGCUCCGGGGCUGGGAAGGGGCCCAGACAGGGGAUGGGACCAGUUGUGACUUGGAAGGCACACAACUGGUUUGUGACUGUGGAGAACAAUGGCUGGAUCUAUUGUGGACAUGAUGUAAGAGGACGCAUCAGCAGGUGACCGUACAGCUGCUUUGACUAGCAUGGGCUUAUACCCGGCUGCGUAUAUGGAAGCCCACUGAGGCAAUAGGAAAUAAAAAUGGUCAACAACACCAAGUUUGUGCUUCGUCCUUUUUAUUAAAGGAUUUUUGAUUUCAUAUUGAUAAACUUGGAUGGGGUGUGGGCUCUUUAUGAAGUUGGGGAACAGAAAAAGUGUCUCUAUUAUUGUUAGUGACGUCUUCAACUUCUUAUUGUCUUUUAGCAUCCCGAUCAUCAGACUGUUUCUAUCCAAAAAGAUAGCUUCAUUUUAAUUUCCACAUUUGAGAUGCAGCGAGCGGUGACCUCCACCUGGGCCAUGACAGUAGAAGUCGACACCACACAAUCCAGUGACUAAAGAAACUUCCUGGAGUCAAGAAUUUUCUCCUCAAAAGAAAAGUUGCAGUCCUGAGUUGCUGAACUCGCUUCCUUAAAGCAUGUUGUCGCGUGAGCAGGUUAUGUCCCCAGAGUCACAUUAAAGGUGAUUCAUUCAGUGGUGAGCAGUCGAAAUGAUCACCUGAACUUUUCCUCAUGGUAUUGUUUGUAUUUGUUCCAAAAACUCAUGACUACCUUUUUGUGUAUAACUGUUGUAUUUCACUUUUCACUAUAGUAAAAUAUUUUUGUAUUUCAAGCACUUUGAUUGCAGUUCA